AAACAAGGCUUUUUAAAAGUCUUAUAUCGUGAAUUUGAACACAUUUAUAAAGUUUAUUAUAACUGUUUAGCCAUUGUUUUAGCAUCGCCAGGCACAGCGCCUUGUCACGAGGAUACCUGUCAGCGGCGAGAUUAAGUCACAAGAUAAAAAAUCAAAAUGAAGGCGAACAUCUUCGGAGCGGUGAUUCUCUGUGCAAUAUCACUGACACAAGGAUCAGAAUAUAAUUACUCAUAUGACAACAAUGAAAUCUGUAUUGAUGUCAAGAUGGAUGUUCUGUUUACCCUGAGUAAUGGAAAGGAAGUAGUAAAGUUUGAUGGAAAUAAUUUCACUGUGAAGAGUGGGGAUUGUGCAACUACAGGAGAAUAUCAGGCAGUAUUGACAUUGACAAAUUCCAACGAAGACUUACUGGCCUUGACUUUCAAUGUUAACACUGAUUUAUCGGUGAAUAUGAGCUCCAUGUUUACAUUUGCUCCAUUCGAAUUCUUUCCAGGAACACCCAUAGCAACUACAACAAAUUUGUUGGACACUGGAGACUUGAUCCUUGGAAACUACACCCAGCUGUAUCAGUGUUUAUCCCCUCAGAGAAUGACAUUAAAUGGAGUGUUGGAAGGCACCACUUACACAUUGUUCAUGGACAUGUCUAGCGUCCAGAUACAGGCAUUUAACAUAGAGAAUGGAACCAUCAGCACUGACGUGUUUGCCUGUAGUGCUGAUCAGAUGACAACUGUAGCACAAGAGACAACAAAAGCAACCUCUGAACCCACUAAACAAACAACAGAAACAUCAGCAUCUACUGUAACAACAGUGGUUCCAUCUACAGAAACAACAGUACUUCCAUCUAAUGAAACAACAGAGAAAACAACAGUGGGACCAUCUAACGUCACGACCGAGGGCCCCACCACUGAACCUAUAACAGUACCUCCCACCACUGCUCCUGCGCCUGCAUUCCCCCCAAGGUCCACAUACGAAGUCAUGGAGAAGUCUAAAGCCUGUCUCGUCAUGGCGGGAAGGUUCCAGCUAGAAGUUACAUACACAACACAAAAGAAUAAAACUGUCAAGACAAUUGUGAAUGUUCCAGUGAGCAGUAAUGUCACGGUAACAGGAAAGUGUGCCAGUGGAAAUGACACUGAAUCCAGUCUCAAAAUCACCCCAAAAGAUGAUGCAGAUAUUGAUUCCUUAACAUUUAAUUUCAAAAUCAUGGAUGGCAAAGCUAGCAUUGAGUCUUGGAUGGCAGAACUCAAAGAGCUAAAUCACACAGUGAAUGAAACCGUGAUGUUAACAUCUCCUAAACUAUAUUACAAGUGUGAAAAAGGGGGAAACUUCUCAGAUGAUAUUCUAGCCCUCAAGUACAAGGAGUUACAAGUACAGGCCUUUAAUGUGGAGAACGGGAAUUUUUCAGAAACUGGAUUUGACUGCCCAGCUGAUGCUCCUGAUGAGCCAGCUCCUGGGAAACCCCCAGUUGUAACAUACACUGCAACUGGUGGAAACAAGACCUGUGUUGUGUUUAAGGGAAGCAUCCAGUUCCACAUUCCUUAUGUUUCCACAAAGGGGAAUACAACAGCAGUGAUUUCUGUGCCUGUAAAAACCAAUACAACUGGUGAUUGCAACAUGACUAUGAAUGGUUUGUACACUCAGAUGUUGUCAAUCAGCUUUUAUGAAACCUGGAAGUUAAACUUGUACUUCUCAUCCAACAAGAAGCAAACAACAGAUCUACUAACAGCUGAUGCAGGUGUGGCUAACUACGACAUCUCUCAGAUUGAACUGACUUACGACUACAACAACAACCUCUUUUCAGAUGUUGAUGACAGUGUUGUUGGUAAAACUGAGAUGGUGACUACCAACCAGACCUUCCUGUCAACAUCUGCGAGCAAGAGCUACAUGUGCAGCAAAGAUACCACCUUUACUCUUAAUCAAAAUGGAUUGUCCAUGGUAACCAAAGAUCUUCAGUUCCAGGCUUUCAGAACGACAAACACAACAGAUUUUGAUGCUGCCACGGAAUGUGCAGGAGAUGAAGACACCAAUAGCAUUGUACCAAUCGCAGUGGGUGCUGCGCUGGCCGGACUGGUCAUCAUUGUACUGAUAGCUUAUCUGAUUGGACGAAAACGAAGUCGCUCUGGAUACGAACAGGUGUAAAAAUGACUUGAAUGACAAUAAUUUUUUUUUUUAAUUUACAUGCAGAUUUAACAUUUUUGUAAUUUAUAUAUUUCUUUAAUUCAAUUUUGGUUUUGUCCUUAAUAUGUGAAAAAUAGUGACUGGAAGAUUUUUUUAAUAACCUCAACAAAUGUUGAAAGAAAAGUGAAGACAAAUUUAAAAAAAAAAGGCUUUGAUGUACACUAAAUACUCAAUUUUAAAUUUAUUUUUUUCUCUUUUAUACACAAACCUAAUAAUGUUUAACAUUCCAAUGUGGAGGUUAAUUGUGUGUGAUAAACAUCAUGAAUGAAGCACAUAUGUACUAAAAUUUAAUUGUUUUGAAUGAGUAAUACUGUAAAUACUUUCCAUUUAUGAUUGAAGCAGGAGAAUAUAUAUUUGUUACUAGGCCAAAUGUUGAUAUGAAUAUAGCUAAGCUUUGAAUAUAGUCCAUGCUAAGAAAUGAUAUGUAAGCUUAGGUGUCAUAUCUGUAAAAGUUCGAGAUCUCAUAAAUAUUUUCAAUUCUUUUGUGGUUUUUGCUUUAGAUGAAUAUAGCAAGGAAUUAGAGUUUUAUAUAUACUGUGCUAGUCCAAGCUUUCAUAUACACUGUAGUUCAAGUUUCCACUUACAGAGAGGGUUCGGAUAAAAAUAGUUUUACAGGCAAAUCAAAAUUGGUAGCUGUGUAGAAAUUUUAAAAAAAAAAGAAAAGAAAUGAAAAAAAUUAAAAAUACAUAAGGCCAUGAAUGUUAUUCAUUUUAGGAACCUUGAAGUUCGCUACAAGCAAUUGUUGUUUACUGAUUUUCUGUUCUACAUUUAUUUGAGGCAGGGUGGGAAUUUUGUAUCUAUAUAUUUUCAUGUAUAUACAUGUAUAUAUAGAUAACAUAAUUUGUUGACAAUAUGAGGAUAAAGUUGAAGAAAAAGUACCUAUGAAUGUUAAUGUGAGAUAUUAAAGUGCUAUAUUUGCCAGUUUCUCCUCAUAUUAUGAUUAUAUUCUUUUGCAUGUGUGAAUGUUCAUCUUUUCGUGGUGUAACUUUUGUAAUAUUAUUUCAUUUGUGUGACUGAUAUCUUAUUUUUAAAAGUGUAUACUUGUAGUAAAUUUGAUAUUUAUCAUGUCUAGAAAUAAUGUGUCUAAUGUAUAAAACAUGAUCCAUUUUAUUAAAAUUUUUAAGUUCAUUUGGAAUAAAAAUAAUUGACAAGUACUUUCAGAAAAUUAUUUCGUUCAUGGGAAAAAAAAAACUUAAAACUAUGUGUUUGUAAGAGCCAUGGUUAUUUUUGAAACAUUACAUACAAUGUUAUGUGCAUGAAUUGAAAGAACCACUUAAACAAAAAAAAUUCAAAAUUAGUUUUCUCUGUGAUUAACAAAGGACUAACACAGGUGUGUUGGAAUAAGGAAAUUUGAAAGUUUUCCUUGAUACAUGAAUUGAUAACUUAAAUUUGCUUCCUUGGUUUUGCUUUGAGUUUAUUCUUGUCUUUAAUUGUUCAGCCAUUAUUGAGUACUCUACGUGUGAAAAAAUGCCAAGGUUCAAUGAUUGUUGUAUAUAUUUAUAACUUUUUAUGAUAAUUAAUGUUUUUUUUUCUUUUUCUUUUUUUUUGCUUUUAAAUUUGACUGAAAUGAAAGUGCAACUCUUAUUUUCAGAACAUUUAAUACACACAAAAUCGAAUGGUCUUUUGUUAACUCCAAUUCAGAAGAGUUCCACAAUUACCUUGAGGUAAUGGUGCAGGGUUCAAUUUCUCAUUAAAAAAAUCUUUCUUUUUUUUGUUUUUUUUUACUUUUUUCAUUUUCAACGUACACUGUAGUCCAAGUAUCAUUUUAUGAAAAUUGAUUGAAUCAUCACAAAAUUUCUUUUUCAUCUGAUAUAUAAUUCUUUAGAAAGCUGUGUACAGGGUUAUUUUGGUCACACUUUGUCAAAUUUUUGCCCUUCUGCAUUAUGGAAAUUAAUUUGGCCUAUUUUAAAUGCACCCAGAAACAAGACAAUAAGUUCAUUGAAUAUGAGAUUUUAAAUACAUCCACGCAAUUGUAAAAAGGGCAAAAAUAAAGUGGGGCUAACAAUUUUCCAUGUUUACAGUAUUUUAUUACAUGCAAAUACAGAGAUUGAACUUUCAUGUACACAGUACAAUGUACCCUUUUGUUUUCUUAUGAUGUUAAUUGAAAUCUUUCUUCUUUAUUUUGGAAAGAGGGAAUUGAACUGGGAGGAUAUUGGUUGAUGUUACCAGCAAAUUAUUACACUUUAUACUUUCUGUGAUCAUUUUUGUAGAGAACUUUGUCACCUUUGAAUUAAAAUAUUUUUGAUUGACAAAA